CCCCCCUAUUUUCCCCUUUUCCCGGUUCCACAGUACAGUCUGCCCCUACUACUACCAUUUUCCUUGAAUUAAAUAUACAAACGAAAAAAUGUCAAACACAACUUCCUUUUCUCUCUUUCCGCCUAUAUAACUUCAUCUUUCUCAUUUUCUUUCCCUCCCCCUUUUCCUCUCUUUCUCCAAGUUAACAUCUCUUAUUGAACUUCAUUUUUCUUAAAGCUAAUUUUAUUUCUAUUCCAUGGAGAAAGAUUACUUCAUGAAUGGUGGAAUUACUAAUCCACCCCUCCAAUUCGAACCCACUAUGACUAACUGGAAUUCCCUACAUUCAGGGCAGUCUUCUGAUUUUUUCCUUAACCCCAAUUGGGAUCAUGACUCUACACAUCAAUUUAACCAAUUUGACUCCACUUUGAACUCAGUAGUGUCUUCUUCUCAUGCUGAACUAAUUGGUAAACUAAGCACAGUUUCUAGCUCCUCUCAACCGCCAUUCAACAAUAAUAAUAUUAAUACUAAUAAUUCAUGUUACACUACACCGAAAUUACACAUGCCCAAUUUGGGAAAUUCAGUUCCUUUAAAUCCUCCAUUGCCUGCUGUCUCUACUGAUCCUGGUUUUGCCCAAAGAGCUGCUAAGUUUUCUUGUUUUGGUAGCCGUAGUUUUAACGGUAGAACAAGUCCAUUGACACAGAGAUCUGCUCAACAAUUGGAGAAUGGAAAAUUGCCUAGAGUUUCGAGUAGCCCAUCCCUGAAGCAAGCUGGAUCCCCUUUGCAAACCAAGAAUUCGGGCCAAACAAGGAUGGAAUUGAUGUCUACAAAUUUGGGCAGGCCUAUCACUAAUUCUAAUGAGUCUGUUUCUGAGCCAAGUGGAGAAACAGGGCCAAAAACUCCAACUGAAUUGAAUUCUACUAGAAAAAGAAAAACAGCUUCAAGCGGGAAAACAGAAGAAGCUGCCCCUGCUAAUGGAAACAUGGGUGAUGAUAAUGCAAGAACAAAGCGAUGUAAACAAGUAGUAGUAGAAGGUAAUGAGACAGAAAAUGGAACAGUUAACAUGGAGGAAUCAAAGGGCAAUAAUGAAGGUGAUGAAACUCAAAAUCAAAAGCCUCCUGAACCACCAAAGGACUAUAUUCAUGUUAGAGCAAGGAGAGGACAAGCUACUGAUAGCCAUAGUCUAGCUGAGAGAGUACGACGAGAGAAGAUUAGUGAAAGAAUGAAGCUUUUACAAGAUCUUGUACCAGGCUGUAAUAAGGUAACAGGAAAAGCAUUAAUGCUUGACGAAAUUAUAAAUUAUGUACAGUCACUGCAACGACAAGUCGAGUUCCUAUCCAUGAAGUUGGCUUCAGUUAACCCAAGUUUGGAUUUUCCAGCAGAGAAUCUUCUCCCAAAGGAUAUAUGUCAACCAAAUGGCUCUCUGCCCCAACCUGUUUUCCCAGUAAAUUACCAACAACCCCGGCAACAACAUACUGAUAUUCCUAAUGGGGUACUAAGCCAAUGCUCGGCCAACACAUUAGAUAACUCACUGUUUCGCACUCUGGGAAUGCAAUUGCCUUCCCUAGAUGGACUUGGUGAAUAUCUUAAUCAGUUCCCUACAAUGUGCGAGGAUGACCUGCAAAGCAUUGUGCAGAUGGGAUUUAGCCAAAAUCCCAACAAGGAUCUGACAUUGCAGUCACAAAGUUUUCCUGGUAAGAAAAGAGAGGGCCUCAUCAAACGUCUCACAUGAAAAUUGAGAUGUAGUUGUCCAAAUAUUAAAAGCCCCCCGCAGGAGAUAUUAGGCUGCUGUAUAUAGGAAGUAAUUUUUAGUUUAAUCUUCUUCAGAAAUUACUAAUUGACAAUAUUAGAUUUAGUUUUGAGGAUGACUUUCCUUAGUCCUCUUAAUGUAUAAUUGAUUUGGAUGUACUAAUUUUUUGCUUUGGUAAGUCAUGAGUAUUUAUUGUAUAAUCUUAAUUAAGAUCGAAGAGUCAUUUGGGUGCAAAAUCUUUAACAGCACCAUAUUGUAAGAUAUAUUUCUUUGUAAAGCAAUGAGAAAUUCAGAUAUUAUUAUGAGUUUUCAUUUU